GUUAGAUCUUGGAGAUCGAACGGUUACAUCUUCUCUUAAAUCUUGAAAUUUCCCGCCUCUUUUUGAGCUUAUAAAUAGGUUGAGUGGUAGGGCCAUUCGCACGUAUUGCUCUCAUCCGAAUUGUGGUAGCCGAAGGUUUGAGAAGCCGAUCCGAAGAGCGAUUGUGGUUUUGAAAAGAAAUUGGUAAGUUUUUAUCGUCAUGUCUAAUACUUCAUCGAGCUCUUCGGUCAGCAGCUCUCGGUCGUCUGCGUCCGAGGGGUCUUCGUCCAACGCCUCAAGUCGUUCUAGCAUGGUUCGGUCCCCUACCGAUGCUGAAAGGCCGGAUGAAAGUCUUUCUUCAUCAGGAGAGACUUCUACUAGUGGGAGCGAAGAGGUCCAACAAAAGACAAAGCGCGUAUCAAAUCGGCAGCGGUACGGUCCGUCCGAAGUGCCAGGUUAUGAGUGGGUAAACGGGGAGGUAACCUCCUAUUACUCGCGUUACCGAGACACGGGCAUGAUUACCAACUUGUUGGAUUACACCAAAUGCUUGAAUUUUGGCGCCGCCGAGGAACCCUAUCCGAUUGGGGUUCGGUCAUGCCGGAAUAAUGCCUUUCCGAACCCGGAUAUGGUUUGCCUUGAUCAAAGUGGUGCGAAGAUGGAAUCGUUUUAUAUGUACGACUGCCUCAUUCGGGAUCUCAAAGUCAAGCUGCCGUUUGAUGAAUUUACUAUGGGGGUGUUGAGGGUGCUGAAUGUUGCCCCUACCCAAUUGCACCCGAACAGCUGGGCGCAAUUGCAAGGUUUCAAACAUUUGUGUAAGUGUGUCAACAUUAAGCCUUCUCCGCUCCGUGUAUCGCUAUCAUGA